CUUGAUUCUGCCUCGAUUCUCAAAAAGCCCUCUGAGUUGCCAAUGACGAGCCCUGCCGCUACCGCCGCGCUCUCCUGUUUUGAGCUAGCUCUCCAGGGCGAGAGACUGUGCAAAGCGGGCGACUACCAGGCGGCCAUACAGCAGUUUCGAACCGCCCUCCAGAUUGGUACAGACGAUGUCGGUGUGCUGACGGCCAUAUACAGUCAGAUGGGCAAUGCCUACUUCUUCGAGCAGGACUAUCUGCACGCGUUGGAGUUCCAUCGGUGGGACCUUUCACUGUCCAGGUGA